AUGUCCAAGUUUUUGACGGUCAAAUGCAUGAACCCGCAUCUCUCGGAGGCGGCGGCAGUUCAUAGAGAUUACAUUUACCGACCCCAGUCACCGGCCAGGCGGCCGCACACCCACAGCUCAAAUCUCAAUGCUCGCGAGAGAUACACAGAGAGCAAAGCCCUUACGGCGUCUGCAACGACCCCAGCCAACGAGCUGGAGCAAAGUGCAAGCAUGGAGGCCACAGGAGUGAGCAAGACCUUCAUAAAGAACCUAGUACGAGAGGUUCUUGAUGAGAUGGGAAUUAACAGUUUCAUUGAAACACAGGAGACACGGCACUUGGAGACUCAGCGGCAGUUUCGCCAGCUCACACAGACCCUAGCAAAGGUGCGGGACGUUCUGGAAGCGAACAGCGAUGACAUCUUAAACCUUCAGGAACAGAUAGAUGACACACGACACACCUUAGAGGCGUUUAGGGACGAGGCCAAAAGUACAAUGGAGUCUCUUGCAUGUGAUUCUAAUGACAGAAAAGCUGGUGGCGACGCCUCGUGUCUCCUCGCGAUCCAGAAGGAACUUGCAGACAUUCGAUUUGAACUUAGUACAAUAAAGACGGUGUCGAAGUUCUUCUAA